AUGAGCCGCUCCACGACCAAGGACGACAAGGAGCGGUACCUUACGUACUCGAUUACAGAACGCCCUGCGAACAAAGAAACUGAAGUGCAAGAAGAAGUCGUGACGAAGAAGAUGGCCAAGUUCAUCGAAGGUGCUCCGAAGGACUUCCUGGAUUGGGUCUACCACUUCGACCAGCUCGCCAAGCUCAAGAGUUGGAAUCCUGAAGACAAAAUUCUCAACACCAAGAUCCUCCUGGAAGGAGACUUGCUGGAGGCGUUCGAAGAUGCAGAAGAAGGAGAAGACGGCGACAUCCGAAUGGACGAAGAGUUUACCAGCACGCUAUACAAGGCAUCCAAGGUUGUGCUGCCUGUCGACUACAACGAAAAGAUACAAGAAGAACUAUGGGAAAUUCGCAAGACCCGAGCUGAAUCGCUCGCGGACUACAGCAAACGAUUCCGUGCUCUCGUGCGUCAAGAACACACCCUCGCCGAUCUCAGUCAAACCUCCAAGAUGUGCGACGACGCACUGUGUCGCUUAUUCAAGCGUGGCCUUCCGUACGACUGGCAGAACAAGUGCGAUGCCAGUGGCCAAGUGUACACCACCAUCGGUGCCUUGGUCCCGUUCUUUGAGCGCAUUGAACAAAGAGAGCAGCGGCUGCACCGCCAUGACUCUCAGAAUGCCAGCCGUCAGCAGAACGGAGGCAACAAUGCCGGCCGUCGUGGCAACGGCAACAGACGAAACAAUCGCCAGCAACCUCGUGGUGGCAAUCGUGGUCGCGAUGGACGCGGCAACGGCAAUAACCCCGGCAACAACAGUGGCAAUAAUUCCCACAGCAGCGGCAACAAAAAUUCGGGAGGCAACAAGUACUGCACCUUUCAUCGUACAACAACUCAUAAUACGGCCGACUGCCGCGCGCUUCGCCAUGACAACAACCAGCAGGAAGAAAACCACCAAGCUGACCCACGGAGUGCCUCACAGCGCCCGCCAACUCGAACGGAACAGCGGCGCUCAGGAGUAGGAAGCUCCAGCGAUGACGAGUAUUUGUUUGUGGGUAUCAACGACACGCAUGUUGACGAACAACCGAUGCGCGUGAUGAUUAAACUGGAAUCCGGAAAAGAUCGAUUUCAAGCACUACUUGACAGCGGCUGCUCGCGUAGUAUUAUCAGCACAGCUUUCAUGCAGAAGCUGCACGCAGCAGGGUCGGCGCUGGAAAGCACCGCAGUGGGCUUCAAGUUAUUCCAGGGAAGCGCUUCUAGUGAAGGCGCCAUGACGGUUCGCUUCCGUAUCCCUCAGCUCAAACGUGAUACAGUGAUAAUUCACAAGUUCGAGGUGCUAUCAUCGCUACCAGACGACAUGACCAUCGGCCGCGAUUUAAUGAGCGCCCUCGGUCUAGUAAUCGACUUCAAGAACGGACGAAUCAAUUGGGACGGCAGCAUCCAGCCGCAAGCCAAGAAGGUGGAGGCUAUCCUACAUAUCGCCGAGCCUCGUAACAAACGCGAGUUGCGGCGCUUUUUGGGGGUGAUCGCGUACUACCGCGACGUGGUCCCAAACAAGUCGGCAAUGACAGCUCGACUCAACCGGUUGACGUCCAAGAAUAUUCCAUUUGCCUGGACUCCAGAAGAUGCAGCAGCUUUCAACAACAUCAAGACAGCACUAGCUCGCAGCGUACUGCUAGCAUUUCCCGACUAUAGGCGUCGCUUCCACGUAUUCGCCGACGCCAGCGGUUUUCAGAUUGGUGGCACUAUAUUGCAAGGCAGGAGGAUUCUCGCCUGCUUCUCCCGAUCAAUGACCGACACCCAGCGCAAAUACUCCACGAUGGAGUGGAAGUUGCUGUCAGUAGUGGAAAUUCUCAAGGAGUAUAGGACGAUGCUACUCGGAUUUCCUGUGGGUCCCGACGAGGUUGAGCCGGAGUCUGAAAAGGCUCCUUCAACUGCAACGGAGAACAUUGGUGCCACCAGAUGUUUCGGGGCGUCGACGGUGCCGAAGGGCCACUCACCGGUGACAGAAACCAAAAAGGACAAGUAUAGGGGCCGAUGUGGUUUAGAAUGCGCAUGCCGAGACGAAGAUUCCCAGGUCCAGUGCCUUGAAUCCAUAGGUACUAGUACUGGUGGCAUUGGUGGCGCCUUUGCGGACGCCAUCUGGUCCGAGAACGACUACGGGUUGCCUACCGAACCCAACACGGGUUUGACCAGUUCCUUCACGGAGACGAGGACCACACUUCGGAGAGGAAAUGUUGAGAUGUCGCCCAUCAGCGACACAGAACGAUCAGGGGGCCGUCCACCUCGAGAAAGACACUAA